GGGAUUGAUUUGUAUUUUCUCAAUCAUGGCGUCCCGUGUCCUAGCGCUGUGUGUCCGCCAACUAGCCCGGUCUUCUGCACGGUUCUCGUCGGGUAACAUUGCAGUGAGAGCCGCUGCUGCCCCAGUCCUAUCCAACCUCCGACCAUUCUCCUUCGUUGCAAGCAGUCAGCGCACACGCUGGAUUGAACAAACGCGGAUUACUAGCUCAGUGGGUGUGUUUUGCAGACAGUAUUCAGACCUGCCCCCCCUCACCCUCGAGACCAUCCAACAGCGUGUCAUGUACGUUUUAAAGCUCUACGACAAGAUCAACCCGGAGAAGCUGGCAACUUCCUCUCACUUCAUGAAGGACUUGGGUUUAGACAGUUUGGACCAAGUAGAGAUUAUAAUGGCCAUGGAGGAUGAGUUCGGGUUUGAGAUCCCAGACGGGGAGGCGGAGAAGCUGAUGUCUCCUCAGGAGAUCGUCCACUACAUCGCUGACAAGAACGACGUGUAUGAAUAGAAGCACAGCGGAUGGCCAACGCGCUGACGAUAGGUGUGCCAGUGUGACCUCACAGGAAGUCCUGAUGAUGUCGGACUAGUUGGGCCACCGCCUCCUCAGUUCUACUCUUCCCUCCCCUCUGUUCCCUCUGUGGCAUGGUGUCAGAUCGCCUGUCUUUUGUUCCAAUGUAUUUAAUAAAAAUGUAUUUUCUCUGAAGCUUGGCAAUUAAAAAAUGCCUGC